UGUGCUCUGCCGCAGCAGCAUAGUACCGGCCAUCCCGCCCGCCCGCCGCUCGUCUGAAAACCAGGGUCUCAGCUGAGCUCGCCUUCGUCUCCGCACGCCGGUUUCGCGGUUCCUUGCAGCCUAUAAAGCCGGCCGGAGCACCCAGCUCUGCACCCAUCUCAUCUCAAAGAGACACCACUAUCCAUCUCUCACCACCAACCUCCCUCUCCCUCGCCAAGAUGUCUACGGUGACCCGCGCCUACCUCGACCAGAGGCUCGCCGCCGCCAACCGCUGCUCCAAAGAGGCUGCCAUGGCGGGAGCCAAGGCCGCGGCCGUCGCCACUGUCGCCGCCGCAGUCCCCACCCUGGCGAGCGUGAGGAUGCUGCCGUGGGCCAAGGCGCACCUGAACCCAACCGGGCAGGCGCUCAUCAUCUCCACCGUCGCCGGGAUGGCCUACUUCAUCGUCGCCGACAAGACCAUCCUCUCCAUGGCCAGGAAGCACUCCUUCGACGACGCGCCGGACCACCUCAAGAACACCUCCUUCCACUAGUUAGAUCCACUAUUAGUAAUGCCCAAUAAACCGUGUAAGCCAAAGUGCAUAGCGUACAGUGAUCAGCAAGGGGGGUCAGGGAUGCUCCCGGAUAGUCUUGUACUGCGAGUGCAAUUGCUCAUUUCGUAAUAUAAUUUUCAUCAUGCAAGUAGCCAUGUACAGUAUGUUUUGAGCUAGCAAUACUGAAUGAUGUACCAGCAUUUGUUUAACCAAUAUUUUCCAA